CGAGCCGCAGCUUGACGCUCUUCAGGCGGACGCUGCCGUGGAAACGACAGAAUCCAGAGACACGCAGCUGCGCCGCCACCACCAGGGCCCCAGACCCCUCACUUCAAAGGCGUCCACUCCUCCUCUUCCUCUUCCUCUCUCUCUCUCCAUCCAUCAUCCUCCUCGUCCUCCUCCGAGCGGCGGACAUGGACGCGUUGGAAUGAACCGCGGAGCGGCGGCGACGCGGCGAACAGAAGCGGCCGAAUCACCGAGAGGAGGAGGAGGAGAAGAAGAAGAAGAAGAAGAAGAAGAAAAGAAAAAGAGCAGUAGAGCAGCAUGCCGUUGGUGAAGAGGAACAUCGAGCCCCGGCACCUGUGCCGCGGGGCGCUGCCGGACGGGGUGACCAGCGAGCUGGAGUGUGUCACUAACAGCACCCUGGCCGCCAUCAUCAAACAGCUGGGCAGCCUGAGUCGCCAUGCAGAGGACAUCUUUGGAGAACUGUUUAACGAGGCCAACAGCUUCUACCUGAGGAUGAGCAGCCUGCAGGAGCGAGUGGACCAGCUGGCUGUGAAAGUCACGCAGCUCGACUCCACGGUGGAGGAAGUCUCCCUGCAGGACAUCAACAUGAGGAAGGCCUUCAAGAGCAGCACCAUCCAGGACCAGCAGGUCGUGUCGCGGACUUCUGUCCCCAACCCGGUGGUGGAGAUGUACCAUCGCUGUGACAAACCUCCUCCGCUGAACAUCCUCAGCCCCUACAGAGAUGACAAGAAGGACGCCCUCAAGUUCUACACGGACCCGUCGUACUUCUUCAACCUGUGGAAGGAGAAGAUGCUGCAGGCCACCGAGGACAAACGCAAGGAGAAGCGACGGCAGAAGGGCUGUCCGGCCCACCCCGACAGGCCCCACUCCAGACAGGCCCCACCCAGGAGCCCCCUGUCCAUCUCUGAGCAGCAGCGGCAGGUCGAGGACCCGGGCAGGGAGGUGAAGAAGGUGCGCAAGGCUCGUAACCGGCGACAGGAGUGGAACGUCCUGGCCUACGACAAGGAGUUCAGACCCGACGCCAGGCUCACGCCCUCGCCGUACCACGGCAUGUCCUCCGAGGGCUCGCUGUCCCCUGACAGCAGAUCAAUGGCGUCUGACUCGUACCCAGCGAGCCCCAACCACCCCUCCGGCCAGGCCCCCGGCGCCGCCCACCCCGCCGACCUCCACGCCAGGGAUCACCUCAGCGCCGCCGCCCAGACCCAGUCACUGGACCGGGUUCUCAGGCCGACCAACCAGCCCCCAGGGCCGGCAGCGGUGGCGGCGGCGGGGGGGAGGCACGUGGCCUCCCUGGGCAGGACCCCCUCUGGACAAGGGCUCCCGGCUGGCGGAGAUCCGACGGUCAACGGGCCGAGGCAGCAGUCGGUCAAGGAUUACCGGGCUGGACACGGUGUUCCGCCCUCCACCAUCCCAGAGUACUACAUCCCCCCUGCCCCUCCCCCCCCACCUCCCACCAUCCCCUCUGCCCAGACGGCCUUCGACUCCACCACAGUCCCGCCCUCCGUCGCCACGGCCUCUGCCGUUCCACCCACCUCCGCCGCCCUCUCCCGCCCCUACUCCCCCUCCCCUCCUCCUCCCCCGGCCAACUACGUGCCAUCCCCCUCCCACCCGCCCUCGGGCAUCCCCCCCGCCGCCCCUCCGCCCCCGCCCCCUGGCGCCCCAGCCGGCCACUACCCCUCCCCGCCCCACGCCACCGCCGUGGGCCAGACAGCCGGGGACGUGGCGCCCCAGUCGAGGAAAUCCGCCCCCAUGCUGGGGAUGAUCCCGAUGAGCGACGCCCGCUCCGACCUGCUGGCCGCCAUACGUAGGGGUAUCCAGCUGAGGAAGGUGCAAGAGCAGCGGGAGCAGGAGGCGAAGAGGGAGCCCGUGGGCAACGAUGUGGCCACCAUCUUAUCUCGCCGCAUCGCGGUGGAGUACAGCGAGUCCGACGACGACUCCGAGCUCGAUGAGAAUGAGUGGUCUGACUAAAAAAAAAACGUAAAGAAGAAGACGAAGUGAGAUGGAGGCGGGAGCUCGGAGGUGGUGAUGAAUCAUAAACAUCUAAACAUAAGAAGAUAAAUGAAAUCCAGUCAUACACACGUUGACAUCGCCUGUUGCUGCCUCUUGGAACAUGAAGCUCUUCAGCUGCAACAGGCUGGUGAUUCCCGCUUUAUCGGUUGCCCCUGACGACGCCUAUUCUUGAACCGAAGAGGUUUGUGUGUGUGUGUAACCACCUGGCGCAGUAAACAAACACACACACACACACACACAUCCCGCCCCCCUCCACUCAUCUCUCACCACGAACACUCAGCUGUGAAAAACAAACGCUCAGACUACUCCCUCGAAACUCGAGUUAUGAUUAUUAGCAAUAUUAUUAUUCCAGGCUCUUAAAGUGAUGGUACACAAGGGGGGGGGGGGUGUUUACAGAACACAUGGUAUAGCACAACAAAAACUUAAUCGUAGUGCAAUCUUAACUUAUCUGCCAAAUGUUGAGAAAGAAUUUAUGGAUGAUCAGGGAAAAAUUAUAAUAAUUUAUCAGAGAAUAAUAACAGGUCGCGCCUGUGUUUAAAACAAGCGCACACUCUGCGAGAGAGGACAGCAGACUUCUGGGAGUUUGGUCACUCUAAGCAACAUGAUGCAUGUUAACAUCUCCGCAGACCAACGCAGAGACGGUUGUUAUGGAGACAGAAGAUGGAGCAACUGGAGGAUUAAUCAAAAUUAGUCUCCAAACGUCUUUGAGCGUCACUCCAGAUUUAACAUUUUCAACAUUUGUUUUAAGAAAUGAAUUUAAAACCACAGACACAUAUGCCUGUUUUCAGACAAUUGCUCAAAAACUUUUAUAUGAUCAGUACAAUAUCAAAGUUUUUCUCCAGUGAUUAUGAGCUAUAACUUAUGAACAAACUAUCAAAAUUACGAGGCAGUUAAUUAGAGACGUAUUAAUCGAUUAUGGGCUCAUAGAGAAUUCCAAUCUCAUUGUUUUUAUAGUCCAUGUCUUUGUUGAGUAAUGAAUUUAACAUUUCAAUUCAUCUUUUUUUUUUUCUUUCGGACAAAUCACACUGUCGAUUAUAAGAAGCAUUUAAAAUGCUUAUAUUUUACUUUUUAAAUGAGAGAUUUUGAUUUUAGAACUUUUAAAUCAAAAUCCGUCGUGUUUGACAAUGCAGCAUUAAAAAUAAAAAACUGUCCCGUGAGCUGACGUCAGCUGACGUCAAAGUGACGAGAAAAACCAAACUCCCACAAAGUCUGUGUGUUUCUUCAACAUUAAGAAAUACAGUCGUCGUCGUACAGUAGUAUAAUAAAACUGUGAUGAAAGACGCCGCCCGCCAGGAUUAGGCUGGUGUGGGGAAAACAAGCGCCACCAGCACCUCGUUGGCCUCCAUAUAUCACAGCAUCGAGCUCACGCCAUGACUUAUAUUUUUAUCAGAUUUUUUUUUUCUGCUUUUGUAGUUCUUCAUAAACCGAACAGUGACUGUGUGCUGUGGUUUUGCUCUCGUAUAUAUAAACGCUUCCACACUUCACCACCGGCGGAGCCGCACUUAGGUCACAUGACUCUUAUUUACUCUGUGAACGCAGCCCCCCGGACUAUAAAUACAUAAGUGUAAGAGACUUGCAACAGUAAUAUACAGUAUAUGAUUAUUAUUAAUAUCUCUUUUCAGUUUAGGUUUUGGCUGAAGCUCAGAAUGAGCCGAUUGGACUGUGGUGUUUUUAUAUAAUGUGCUUUUUUCUUUUUCUAACGUGCUGCGGUGAGUUGUUCACUUUGAUUUAGUUUUUCUACUGUCCAGGCCACGAGUAAAAAAGGAUCAGCGCAACUUUUUUUCCACAUCUCGAGUCAAAGUCUCAGUUCAGUUCAGCUUUCCACUGAGAGCAACACGAAGAGACUGCUGCUCGUUUGUCUUUUAGUGCAGCUACGUCGAAAGCAGAGCAUUAUGGGAAGUGUAGUGUUAUUCAUUGCACCGCAUUUUAAAAGUGAGACGCGUAUUUGUUUUUCAAUAUAAAAGAUGUUCACUGAUGCGUUUCUUUUUUCAAGGACUUUGCUCGUGGUUUUUAUUUGUACAUUCGUCUUUUUACUGGAGCAAAAGCUUGCACUUUGAACAGUGUCUGAUAAUCACACUCAUCUAUACACAAAACUACCUGGUAACCUAUAAUCUAAACUGGUGAGAUGAGAUUUACCUUUAUUGAUCCUCCGCAGGGGAAAUUCAGAAACGAUGCAGCAGCACAAAGUGUAGCAGCACAGGGGAAAAUGUGAUAAUAAAAUAAAGUAGGAGUGGAAACAGAUUCUGCCAUAACAAUAACGAACUAAAAAACUACAGUAGUAGUUGUGCAAUAAAAAUUUAAAUUAAAUAAACUUCUGCUGUAAUUUACGAAUUAGCCUUUUUUUUUUUCUUCCGUUGUAAAUUGUCUAAUCACAAGAAAUAAUUUUUAGCUGGAUUCCUGGUUAAUGGAUAUUCUAAUAAUGAUCAACCUCCUAGAUGAAACUAUAAUAAUAAAAUGAAUUCUAAUAAUAAAAACGGAGCAGACGUGUGUCGAGUAUCCGACACUGUUCCGAGCGCAUAGUUGUCGUUCUAACAUUUUUUUGUUUAUUACAAGAAAUGGAGAAAAAAAAGACUUUAGGGCUUAAAAGUAGUUCUUUUGUUAUCGUAUGUAAAUACCACACGAUGAGAAACGUCUCUCUCAUCAGCUGCACUCUGUUAUUGAUUAUUGAUUACAGAUGGAUUAAGUGUUGGUGUGUACGUGAGUUGUUGGUUCAGGCUGAUUUGUUUGGUUGAAAGGUUUUUUUUUAGGAACUGUGCCAACCUGUAUUUAUGGACAUGACGGACAUGAUUAUUGAAUUUGGGAAAAAAAAGCACAUAUGAAAAGGGUUAGUUUAAAUGUGGAUUUUUGUUCGAGACCUGGGAUGAAUUUCAGCUAAAGAACUGUGAAGUGCGAGGCAUCAAAUGGAACUAGGAACUAGAAAACCACAGCCCAGAUACGAUUGUCUACGUGGUGGUUUCGUUGUCGUUGACGCAGGAGCCAGAGCUAGAAACUCGGUGGCGUUUAUGGAUGCGAGCACUCCCAAGGCCUUUCAGCGUCCGAGAAUGUAAAGCUGCGACUGCGACACUCGGCUGAUAAAACCCACUAUCAACCGAGUGACGGAGACGAAAUGCAGCGCGAAAAAAACUUAAUUUAAUGUUUUUGAAAGUAGAAAACUCGGAAAGCACCAAAGGCAGAGAUGAUCAAAAACAACCGUACGUUACGUAUCUAUGGCGACUGGCUUGUGAAGAAAAACAAACAAACGGCGUUCUGUGUUUUGAAUCAUGUGAGGAAAUGAAUCAUGUUGUAUAGACUUUUGGUAUAAGGCAGCCUGUAAAGUACAAAAUACCUUUGGAGUAAUAUAACGUAGACAAUGGAACAAAAACAAAACUGUGUAUUGCACAAUAAAAACCAACUGUAAGCAAAAAGUAUGCAUGUAACUAUAGACAAUAAAUGGUGAAGUAAA